CUCUCAAUCAGCCCUAACCCCCAAAUUACUUCUUCUCCAAUCUCCAAUGGCGAAAGAAAACCGAUUCAGUGAUUUGCCCGACUCAGUUCUGAUUCACAUUCUCUCUAUGAUGUGUAAAAACAGUGAAGAUAGUAAAGAAGUUGUGAGAACUAGUGUAUUGUCUAAGCAAUGGCAGUUUCUUUGGAAGUCUGUUCCAGUACCUCUCGAUUUCUACUUGGAGGAAAAUUUCUUAGAUGAUGAUAUGCAAGAAAUGGUAAAUUUUACGCAUAGAGAGCUUCAUUAUUUUAGGUCUUUCGACAAAAUUCGAAAAUUGGAGUUGAUUUUUGAUUUUUAUAAACCGGAGGAUUUUGUUGAAGAUAUCGAUUUAUGGAUAUAUGUUGCAACUGAACUUGGAAAAGUCGAAGAUUUAAUACUUGAAUGUGAAUGUGGAUAUGAGUUUCCUCAGUUUGCGUAUAAGAAUGCGACGUUGAGGAAUUUGGAUUUACGGUUCUGUACAGUAAACCCUUUAGCUAAUGUGAAUUGGAGUGGUAUCGUUUCUCUUUCAUUUAGUAACAUGUGUUUGAAGGAUGGUGUAAUGAAAAAGAUAUUAUCUGGUUGCCCUAACUUGGAGUGCUUGAAACUCUACGAUCUUCAUGGGCUUCAUCGUCUGAGAAUCAGCAAUGUGAAGUUGAGAAAAUUGGUCAUAAAGGAUUUGACAUAUGAUGAUGAAUGUGGCCAAUGGCUUGUAAUAAUAGCCCCACAUAUUAAAGAUUUGGAAAUUCUGGGGUUGUGCCGUGGGAUACGCUUGAGAAAUGUGGAUUCGCUUGUCACUGCAGUCCUUGAUUUUAAUCUUAAUUUUGAAGAGGACCAAUCGAAGAGGAAGAGCAGGGAGUCUACUUGUUUGAAGUAUAUUUUUCAGAGUGUUGCCCAUAUCAAGAAGCUUGAAUUAGGUUGCUGGUGCAGCGAGUAUCUGUCCAUACUGGAAUUGGAUGGGUGGCAGCCUCAACCAUCAACCUGGAAAUUCUUACAACUUAGCACAACCUUGAGGCAAUUAGAUUUCCCUGGAAUUAGCAGUUAUCUACAGAGUUCAUCGCAUCUCGAGACUUUAGUCAUUGAUGGGUACAAUGAAUCAAGAGCUCAGCUGUUACGUUACACGAGUGAGGAUGAACAGGUCAAGAGGUUUGAGAGACAUGAUUUUAGUGGCUCAUUUCGACAUCUGAGGACCAUCGAGAUCCUGGACUUUUCUGUGUCCAUGCUGCCGUUUGUUGAAUAUUUGCUCAAGCAUGCAAGUGUGCUAGAAAAAAUUGUCAUUGUUCCCAGAAGCAAAAGCAGUGAUGCGUAUGUCGAAAUAGUAAAGGAGUUCCUGCGCUUUCCAAGAUCCUCUUCAUCUGUGACUUUAUGUUUGAAACUGGAUUGAGCUGAUAGACAUGACUUGGAUUGCACUUGCCUGUAUCCAAGGAGGUAUUAGUAGUAAACGACAAUGUGUUCAUUCUCUUAA